AUGGUGCUCCCAACUUUGAUUUUGCAAAAACCAUCCGCUACUUCCAAAAGCAAGGAGCAUAGUGAAGCAAUAGAGCGUCGAUUAGCACUCUGGAAACAAGGGGACAUUGAUUUGCUGCUUAAAGAAGUGAGGUUCUUUCAAGGGAAAUUUGUGAAUUCCAAGAAACCUAGAAAGGUUGAAGACAUAUCCAAAGCCUUCUCAAAGCUGGUUCUGCAAGGAAAAUUGACAGCUGCAAUGAAACUCCUAGAUAACGAGAGCUCGUCCGGUCUUCUCGACCUAUCGUCAGAUGUCCUGCAAGGGCUACAGGACAAGCACCCACAGGCAGCUGAUAUCGCAGAGGAGAGUUUGUUACAUGGCCCAAUUGAUUAUAUUCCGCCAAAUGUUUAUGACCUCUUAGACGAAGAAUCGAUCUACAACUCGGCAAGUAAAACCAAGGGCUCAGCCGGACCAUCUGUAAUGGACGCAAAGCUGUAUAAGAGAAUCCUGUGCUCUAAGAAUUUCAAGACCGAGGGCAAAAUAUUGAGAGAAGAGCUAGCCGUGUUCACAAGAAAUCUGCUAAGGAAAUCGUACCACCCAUCCUUACUUGAAGCCUUUACGUCCUGCAGGCUCAUUCCGCUUGAUAAGAACCCGGAAAUCAGACCAAUUGGUGUUGGAGAGGUACUAAGGAGAAUAGUGGGGAAAACGGUCAGCGGUUUCUUAAAGGAGGAAAUAAAAGAAGCGGCGGGUCCCCUACAAGUUUGCGCUGGUCAUAAUGCAGGAGCGGAGGCUGCGAUCCAUGCAAUGAGUCAAGUGUUUAUUGAAGAAGGAACAGAUGGAAUAUUGCUAAUUGAUGCUAGUAACGCUUUUAACCAAAUGAAUAGGUCAGCGGCCUUACACAAUAUCCAGAUCAUGUGCAAAGAAAUGGCGCUCUAUGUUAUUAACACAUAUAGAAGCCCAUCUAGACUGUUUAUUUGUCGGGGAGGUGAAAUACUUUCUCGAGAAGGCACCGCACAGGGAGAUCCGCUAGCGAUGCCAUGGUACGCACUUAAUACAUCCAUAAUGAUGCAGAAUUUGAGGGAUCAUUACCCAUUGGUUAAACAGGUGUGGCUUGCAGACGACUCAGCUGGAGGAGGGAGUAUAGUGCAGUUAUACAACUGGUACAGGCAAUUGAGUAAGGAAGGUCAAAAGUUUGGUUACCUUGUGAAUGGGACAAAGAGCUGGCUUAUUGUGAAGUCUAGGGAACUCGCGGAGGAAGCAAAGAGGCUGUUUGGAGAGGAAGUCAACAUAACGACUGAAGGUCAGCGCCAUCCGGGAGCAGUUAUUGCGUCGCAAGAAUACAAAGAUCAGUAUUGCGAGGAGAAGGUUCGUGCAUGGAAAGAGGAAAUCGAACGUCUAUCUGAAAUAGCGAAGAGCCAGCCUCGUGCGGCGUAUAUUGCUUUCACAAAAGGCUGCAAGUCGAAGUUCACCUACUUCAUGCGCACGAUUGAAUCGUUUGAAGUUUAUGUCGAUCCAAUCCAGGAAGUGAUUGAAGAUUUACUACUCCCAACUUUGUUCGGUCAAUCAGAGCCUCUCCCUAACGAGGUGCGCAGACUUGCUACCUUAGCAACGGGUCAAGGGGGUCUAGGCAUUCCUGAUCUGAAAUCCGAGGCACCGCAGCAGUUUGCUGCCUCGAGACUAAUAACCACCGCGCACGUAGAUUCUAUUACUUCACAGAGUUCCAUCAUGGUGCCAGGAGAAAGAUCUACGGAGGAGCUAAAGAGGCAUCAACAAUCACUUAAGAGAGCAAGUGCCAAAGAGAAAAUGGAUAGCAUUGAUUCAAGCCUCUCCCCAGGCCUGCUGCGUCUGGUUAAUCAAUCGAGGGACAAGGGCGCAAGUUCUUGGCUGAAUGCGAUGCCUCUCGCAGACAAAGGUUUAGCCCUCAACAAGCAAGAGUUCAGAGACUCGCUACGCUUGCGUCAUGACUUGCCCUUAGUCGAUUUACCAAGUCAUUGCGUAUGUGAGGAUAAAUUCACGGUUAGUCACGCCCUCUCUUGUAAAAAGGGGGGGUUUGUAGCGCAGAGACAUGACGGUGCACGGAACUUGUUAACGACAUUCAUCGACAAGAUCUGCAAUAAUAGAGAGUUUUAGAUCCGAAUUUACCGCAAACCUCUAACCGCUGGAAGUCACGUGACAAGUCUUUCGCGUCAUGUUUGAGGUUUACGACGUGCGUUUUCAACGUGAGGAGGUAGGUUUUCACGUAUGUCAUUUACCUGAAAGUUUUUAGCUUAUAAUUCUUGUCUUAUCCCACGUCAUGAUACAAAAAUCUUGUGGAGCAAGUCUCUAUCCAUUAACAGAGGCACAAAUUCGAGCGAAAUGCUAAAUUUGAUAAAUCCUAUUGGAUCUUGAACUCAAGUGCCAUUUAUGGCUACUGAUUCAAAUGGCGGCCGUAAAUUUGCAAGAAGAACUAAUGUAAGAAUUUACAGCUGUUUGCUGCUAGAUAACCCAGCGUUACCGUAAAUUUCUGUUAUUUCACUGAUUGAUAUUUCUUCUAUUUCUAAAUGGAAAAAUAAACCAGAAUCCACCUCUUUAAUCCACCGCCAAUCUAAAUCGAAUUAUGUUUGAACGUCGAACCGCAAACGGGUAACUGCAAACCGCGGUUAGAGGUUCGCGAUAAACUCGGAUCUAAAACUCUCUAAUGUCGAAAUCGAACCACGCCUUCAACCCCUGGACAACGAGCGAUUUCAUUUGAGGAGCGCUGUUACAAGUUCUGAGGCAAGGUUGGACAUCAAAGCGGGAGGUUUCUGGGCAAGAGAGUUACGGCAUUUUUUGAUGUUAGAGUUACGCACGUCAACUCCAAGUGUUACCAGAGCAAGCCAACAUCGGAAGUGUUCAAAGAGCAAGAAGAAGAGAAGAAGCGCAAGUACCAGCAGCGGGUGUUAG